AUGACUUCGCACCAUCCAAGGACAACGUUGGGCGCCUAUGCUGCUGCCUAUGUUCAUCAUCAUCAUCAACAACAACAACAACCUUCAUCAUCAAAUAAUUCAAAUCGGAAUCAAGUGAUUGAACUUGGCGAUGGAAGGAUUUUGCCAUUAAAUCAUAAUUUAACGGAAGAGGAAAUUCAUCUCCGAUUGAAAGAGGAAAAGAGAAAAAAAGAAGAGGAGAGACUGAGAAAAUUGAGGAUAGAAACAGCAAAAAGAAGGAAAAAACAAGAACAACUUGAUGCUCAACUAAAGGAAAAAAAAGAUUUAGAGAUCGAAAAAGCCUUACAAGAAAGAAAGGAACGCAUUCAAUCUGCUUCAAAGCUGAAAAAAACUCCUAUUUCUAAAAUAACGACAACAACAAAUACACAAAGACCAUACAGUGAGGAGGGAACAAAACUGCCGGCCUUACAUAAAAACGAGAAAAAAGAGCCAGUAAUACUUGCUGCGGAUAUAACAAAAAAACAGAUCAGGCAUUUAAAUGUUUUGGAAUCGCUCGAUUUGCAAGGCAUAACUUCAAGCACCGACUUGUUUUUACUUGCAGAGAAAAUGGCCAACAGGGAGAGCAUUAGAGCCUCAGAAGCAUAUGGGGCCUUGAAAGUAAUAGAACAAAACCCAUCGACAGAUGAAUGCAGCCCUCCCAUCUCGUCUCCACAUGAUAAUAAUGUUGUAAAAAUUGUAUCUCCCUCAAACAAAAUGAAGAGGGUAAGAAUUCAAGUUGUGGAGGACAAGCAGACAAUGUUUGAUUUACAGCAUCAACAGGAAAACAAACAGUGCCAUCUCCCAAACAUUGCACAAAAAAGUGGCAUUCAACAUGAUGAAAUUGAACAAAAACAAGUAUCAACAACUUCACAACCAAAAAAAAAACCGUUAGUUAAGGAAAAGAAGAAACCUGCAAUGGCAACUACAUCAACGGGAGUGUCAAUAGAUAUAGAGAAAAUUGAAAAGGAUAUUGUUUUAAUUGAUAAGGCUUUGCUUGAAAAAUAUCAAAACUUAAGGAAAAUUGAUUCCUCAAUGCUGCAACGAGCUGGUUCAAACGACAGUUCGUACAUUUCUUCGACAAGCUCUAACUCGGCGUCCAAAAAGCCAAAAACAGCUGCCAAGAGAGGGAAACCAGUUUUUUCGAAUCGAGUCAGGAAAUUUUGA